UAUGACAUUGAUCAAACAACACAUAUUUCGUGUUUUCACGGUUUAUUUCAUUUCACUAUGAAAAAUAAAAACAUAUUUAGCGUUAAACUAUGUUGUUUACUUUGCAUGGUUUUAAUUGGUUUAUUAUGUGUUUCUUUUCAACAAAAUGAUAAUUUUAAAAAAUCAUCUUUGAAUCUGAAAUUCCAAAACACAAGAUCCAACAAUUUAACUUUACUAAAGGAUGGGAUCUUCUGGAAUGAUUAUGCAGAGACAUUUGUUCCAAAAGGGAUGCAACAAGUUGACAGCAUAAAAUUCAUAAAAAAAAUAUCACAUCAACGUGUAGUGAAGGUGAUAAAUGCAAAUCGGUCAGUAUGUGGACUUGGAGGCAAUGCUAUUGUCAAACUUAAUGAUGGGUCUACAAUGUGUGUAAGACAUCAGAGAACGGUAGCAAACACAAAGAUUUGUGCUGAAUCCUUUGCUUUCUACUUAUCUCGCUUACUUGGCAUGGACAAUGUUCCAGAGGUAGUGAUUUCAAAUAUAUCUUCUCCAUUAUGGAAAGGAACUGAUUUUAUCAAUCUAGGCUGGCGAGAACAUGACUUAGUUGCAAUGAUCAGGUGGCUCCAUCACACAAGUCACAAGGUAUUUAUGCCUUCGGUCAUAAGAGAUGCUGUUAUAUCAGGGAAGCCAGUGAACAGUGAUGUAAUUUAUAAUACAAAUACGCUUAAAAGUAAUACUUCCAUAUCGGAGCUUAUUCAGUGGGGCACAAUGAUAAUAUUUGACAACUUAAUCAAGCAUUGUGACAGGUUGAAGAAAUACAGAAUUGGCGUUGGAAACCGAUUACUUAAUAGAGUUGCACAUAAUACCCUUAUGUCAUCGAAUGGCAAAAUAUGGUUAAUUGAUAAUGAAUCUGCAUUUUUUCAUAACGAUCCUCAAAGUUAUUACACUUCAUUAAAUAGAAAAAUGCUUAGAACUCUAUGUAUUUUUGAAAAGUUUCUUGUUACAAACUUAAUAAAACUUUCAAAACACCCGUCAGCUUUCCAUCAUGUAUGGAAAUAUGCCAUUACAUUCGAACCAUCAUUAGUUACUUUUGAGAAAAACAUUAAUUUCAAUCUAUCCGCUAUAUCAUUCAACAAUCGACUAGAUGAAACAAUUGAGUGGAUAAAUCGCUGCAAGUUAUCGAGCACACUGAAGUGAUGUUAUGCAGGCAUGGAGAUAUUUGAAUAAAUGUAGUACCAUUUUAGAAGCUUCGAAUUUGGUUUGAUUUCAUUUUGUUUAGCAACUUCACAAGCAUGUAUCACUUGGCAUUAUAAAUAUGGGUUGGAAAACAAGCUUAAUGAUCUGGAGAAAGAUCUGGAAGCAUUUUUUACAAUUAAAUUAUAGGAAAAUUGCAGACUCGGUUUGACUGAGUUUGUAACAUUUAUGUUAAAUCAUUCAGAUUGAUAGAUUUUUGUAACCAAUGUCUUACAAUAUAUGAUCAGUGUUUUUUCAUAUAUCAAUAUCCAUUUUGGUUAAAAUUUCAAAUAUUAUUUUUAUUAAUUCAUUAUGCCUUAUCUUAAAAAAAGGAUUAUAGUAACAGAUAUUUCAUUAUGUUGCUAUGGGUAUAUGAUAAUGAUAAAAGAUAAAAUAGUCAGGAAGUAAGGAAUCGAAAAGCUUGAUGCAUCAAUGAACAUGUUCUCUCAAAGUUUGUAUUUAAUUCAUUUGUAAUUUGAUUUAGUUUGUACUGUAUCAAUUUGCCACUACUUCCGAAUAUAAAGUUAUUUACGAUAGAUGCGCAUGAUGGGUUCUUAAAAGGUACUUGCGUAUGGUGUUAUGCAUAUGACCAUUUAAAAGAAAGUAAGUUAAUAGCACAACAUGUACACAAAGAAUAAAAUGAAUUUCUAUUGUCACUGCGGAAAAUAAACUUAUUAACUGAAAUAUACCAUUUGAUUAUUUGAUUAUACGUUGUGAUUGAGAACUAUAUAUUCAGUUACAUAUUAUUAGGAUUAUUUUAUUAUUAUUAUUAUCAUAAUUAUCAUUAUCAUUAUUAUUAUUGAAUUGAAUUAUUUGAAGUAAUAAAGCAAAA